AAUAUCAACUGCUCGUGAGAAAUCCGUCGCCAUUUUGAACAACAAGAGAAGAAACUGGGAGGAAUUUUUUGGCCGUUUAUGGUCAGUUUUUUGCUUUUAGAAGGGCCCAUAUAAACUAAAAUGACGACAACAAGUCCAACAUACGGUGGAAUUAAAUCAUUAGGAGGGAAUGGAGGUUUUCACAACAAUUCAAAUCUGUUCGCUGAAAUUCAUAAACAUUGGGGACUUUUACCAGGAAACCAAGGGCUCAAUAACAUCAACCAGGAAACACAGACAACAGGUUCUAUGUUAUCACCAUUAGAAAAUGUAAGAAAACAGGCAGAGAUAAUAGCAACGGAUGUUGUAGUUAAUUUUGGUCUUGACUGUGAAAAGAAAUGUCCGGACAGAUUCUGUAAAACAAUGAGAAAAACAGUGCAAGAAGUUUCAGAUAGACAUGACAUAGCUUUGAAAUCAAUGGUCAACAAGCUGAAUCUUGAUGAUUCUAAUAUGUUUGCUACUUUUGUAAAUGUUGCUGAUGAAAUCUUCGAAGACGGUCAAAUAAAUUGGGGACGAGUCAUUGUUGUUUACGCGUUUGCGGCCAGAUUAAAUGCCUACUUUAGACAAGGAAAUCCAACUUACGAAGAGAAGAUAUCUCUUUAUGUUGGAAAGUAUGUCGGUAAUAAACUUGGACGAUGGAUUUUAGAUAAUGGAGGAUGGGAUGCAUUUGCAGACUUUUUCUCAGAUGAAAAUGCAGUAGAGGAUAAAAUUUGGAAAGGACUUUUAUUUACAGCAACUCUUGGGGGAUUGGGUGCAUUAGCAGCUGUUAUGUCCCGAUGAUCACCAUACCUUACAAGUGCAAUCUUCAUAUGUUUUCACAGAGGAAAAGUGGAAUAAACUAUUAUUGUAAAUUUAUAUAUGAUUUCUUUCUAAGUAGAUAUAUUUAAAUGAAAAUAUAAAAAAAAUUGUCAUUUAACAUACAGACGGUUUGACAUUUAACUCAAUUGUAAAUUUAUAAUUUUAAAGAAUUUGAUUUGAUGAUACAGUUAUGGUAAUAGUUUAUUUUACUUUUUUUCUUACUUCAUUGAUGAGUAUAUCAUUAUAUGUCACUAUUUCAAUGAUCUGAAAUGCUAUAUGGGUUAGUGGAACAGAAUUUUUGUUAACACUAUGAAGUUAGCAUUCAUUAGUAGAUUAUGAGCUGGAAUAUGCUUUCCUGUAUAUUUUUGUUGCGCUUUGGAUUAUUAGAAAAAGAUCUUCUAUUUUAAAACAGAACUAAAGAUUUCACUUCCAGUCUCUUAUAUUUGUCCAAAAAUACAGACUAGAUUCAUUUUGAUCUGGCUAGUGGAUAUCAAUUCCAAUGCAUAUGUUUUCAUCAACUAGUUUUAGUUUACAUUUAUUAUUUUUCAUCUAAUUUUUAAACACUUUUGUUUUGUAUAAGAAAUCUUGAAAGAAGAACUUUGAAAAAUCAAAUUUAUUAUGAAAAAUGGAAAAAAAACCAGUGAACAAACUAAAUCAAUGUCCUUUUCAGAGUAAAUAGACACAUGUAAAUUGAAAUUUGAAAAUGUGCUGAUUUUGCAUUCUUGUCAGUGAGAAGUGUAUUAAGAUUGUAUUUGUUGCUCCACUUCUUGAAGUGGGACUUCAAAUUAAAAUGUUGAUUUCAAAGACAAGUAAUUUUAGCAGUUCCUUGAUAAAGUCUAAUUUUAGAUUUAUUUCCCAAUUUUUAAAAGCACAAAUGAUCAUUUGAUGCAUAGAAUUGAUGAAAUUUUUUAUAUGUGUAUGUAAUAUGAUGUAAGCAAAAUAAGUAUAAAGUAACUCUUGUUCUAAAGAUUGAUUCAUUGAAAAAAUAACAAACAUCUUUUUAUGGAUUUUCUCCGAUCAGAAUUUAAUGUCUUGGAUAUGAUAAAGACAAGAAAGAAAAAAAAAUCUGAUUAGUUCAGGGUAAAAUGAAAUCCUCUCAGGUAACUGGUUUUAAAUUUAUUUUAUGAAGAAAUAUUUAAACUGAUUUAUAGUGCUAAUUAUUGAAAUGAGUUCAGAGGGGAA